AUGUGUCCGUUACCUUUAAUCGCACCGCAACUAAUAGCCACUCCUCGCUCUGCGAUUGGCCGUCGCCCUCGUACCGAGUCCUUUGUGUGACCCCAAAGUUUCAACCGCAAGACGCCACGUCUCUCCCCUAUCGUCCAAUCACAGGGUUGCGCUGUUCAGCCUGUGGUCUCGCACGUGGCUGUUUCUCCAAACGUGUCGACGUAA